GUAAAAACUUCAGUCUUUUACUUCGUUUAAUUCACUACAAGUAAACAAGAAAUAAACAGAUAUGGCUUUCCAAUUCGUCGUACUCUCCGCAAUUUUGGCCGUCGCCAGCGCUGGUGUCCUGCAACCAGUCACCUACGCUCAUGUUGCCAAUCCCGCCGUGGAUGCCGUUGCCUCCAGCCACCAAAAUGUCGUCCGCACUUUCGAUGGCACCGUUUCGCAGUACUCAAAGACCAUCCAGACUCCCUACUCCAGCGUGCAUAAGUCGGACACACGCGUCAGCAACAAUGUCUACCAACCCGCCGUGGCCAAGACUGUGACCUAUGCCGCACCUGCCGUCACCAAGACUGUGUACGCCGCUCCAGCUCCAGCUGCUGUCUACACUCAUGCCGCUCCAGUUGCUAAGACUGUGACCUAUGCUGCUCCAGCACCCGCUGCCGGUUUGUACACACACGCCACACCUGUUGUUGCCAAGACUGUCUAUGCUCCCGCUCAACCUCAUGCUCUGGUUGCUGCUCCAGCUGUUGCCAAGACCGUCACUUAUGCCGCACCAGCUCCAGUGUAUCAUCAUGAAGUGCCUGUUGCUAAGGCUGUGAGCUAUGCUGCGCCAGCUCCUGUUUACCACCAAGCUGCUCCUGUAGCCAUCCACUAUUCACCAGCUGAAACUGCUUCACACAUGAGCUUCGAUGGUUUCGGUACCCACUGGGGUUGGUAAUUAAUUACCAAACACUUCUUGCGUGUUCGUAAAAAGUUUUAAUUUUUAUUAAUAUAAUUGUUG